CGAUUUUACGACAAGUACUACUGGAUUGCUGAAAGCAGGGGCCACAAUUGGCUUUUUGACCCCAACAUUGUCCUAGCAAAAAAAAACAAGACAUCCCUCAUGGACCUCCAUUCAGAAGCACACAAGGACACAAUCUUGAGCAAACUAGACAAACUGAGAAAAAGAGACUUGCUGUGUGACAUCACACUCAUAGUGGAAGACGUGAACUUCAAAGCCCACAAGGCCCUCCUCGCUGCCAGCAGCGAUUACUUCUGCCUCAUGUUCACCAGUGAGGAGCAGAUUAGCCAGUCCACCUACAAGCUGGAUGGCAUGGAUGCCAGGACUUUUGAAGCAGUGCUAGAGUUCAUCUAUAGCGCCAGGGUCUCCGUGGAGCAGAGUUCCACAGAGCAGCUCCUGGUCUUGGCCCGCCUCCUGGAGGUCAGCGACCUCGUCAAAACCCUGGCCGAGCUAAGCCCCACCCUCCCUGCUCGAGAAGAGACGGGAGACGAACCCAAGAGGGAGGGGCGGAGUACAGGCAAGACGCUGCUGCUGCCGAAACGCAAAAGAGGCCGACCGAGAAAGAACGCAGCACUGAUAGUGUCAGCAGAUGUGCUUCCGGAAGUACCCGCUAAAGAGAGCGGCCAUAGGGUCAGCGAGAGUCCGGUCGCUGUGGAAACCCAGGUUAAAGCCGAAGCCAUUGCCAGGGGCCACCCUGAGGAGCGUCUGGCAGAGACCCGGUCACAUGACUCGGACGACGCCGACUACGACCCCAGGACCCCGGCCCGGAGCAGGCAGAGCAAACGUAAGAUCAAGCCGCCGGUGAAGUUCAAGGGCUUCCGAGUUGGGGAUGACGGCGCUGAACGCAGGGAGCCUGGGAGGAGGGGUCGGAGGAGGAAGUACCCGAGCACGGAGCCGCGCUGUGAGGACUGCGGGAAGGUGUUCAAAAACCACCUGUUUUUAAAGAUUCACAGGAGAACACACACAGGGGAGAAACCGUUCAGGUGUCAGGUGUGUGGGAAGGGUUUCACUCAGAAGCACAGCCUACUGGUCCACCAGCGCAUGCACACGGGAGAGAAGCCCUAUAUCUGUACAGUCUGUUCUAAAGCUCUGUCCACCAAGCACUCCCUCCUGGAGCACAUGAACCUACACACGGAGCAAAAGUCUUUCAACUGUGACAAAUGUGGAAAGACGUUCAGUCAGAAGAGGCAGCUGAAAAGCCACUACAGAGUCCACACCGGCAAAUCUUUAUCCGAGUGCCUGCUCUGUCAUCACAAGUUCAUGGAUGCCGCUCAACUGAAGAAACAUCUGAGGACUCACACAGGUGAAAAGCCUUUCACCUGUGAGAUCUGUGGAAAGUGUUUCACAGCCAAGAGCACUCUGCAGACACACAUCCGGAUCCACAGAGGGGAGAAGCCGUACGUGUGCAACGUCUGCAACAAAUCUUUCUCGGACCCGAGCGCGAGACGCCGUCACGUGGCCUCGCACACGGGGAAGAAACCUUUCACCUGCUCCUCCUGCAACCUGACCUUCGCCCGCCUGGACAACCUGAAAACACACACCAAGACCCACAACAAGGAGAGGCUGUCAGUGGAGGCCCAAGCCUCAGGGGCGGAGGCUGUUGGGGAGGCCGGGCAGGCGAGGGCGGAGGAGGAGGUGCGCGGCCUGCUGCAGCUGCAGCCGUACCCUCUGCCCGCCCACCCAGGGGAGCAGGAGAUCCAGCUGGUGGUCACAGCCGACGUGGGUGAUAUCGGCUUUGUCCCGGGCCAGGAGCAAGGCAUCAGCAUCAUCGCCGCCGCCACCGCGGAGCAUCAACAGGCCCACCCCCGCCUCACCCUCCUCACCCAACCCUCGGGACACCUCCAGAACGUGGCGGUGGUUACCCAGGGCGGAGGGGGGGACGCCCCCCAGAUCCAGACCAUCAGCAUGCUGGAGGGCCAGGUGGGCAGCGCUGGCCACCCUGAGCAGAUGCACGUCAUCACCCUGAGCAAGGAGGCCAUGGAGCACCUCCAGGCCCAGCACGGGCCGCCUCAGCCCCUGCACAUCGCCCCCCACAGGGCGGCCCAGCAGCAGCUCCACGUGAUCCCCCAGCCCCAGCUGGACCCCGAUCGCCCCCUGCUGGGCCACGCGGCCAGGGAGCUCCAGGAGCAGAGCAUCCACAUCAGCCAGACGGCAGAGCAGAUCCCCAGCCACCACGUCCAGGGACACACCUUCCAGAUCCAGGCGGGCAACGUCUCCUACCUCUACACCACCAGCCUGGCCCAGCACAACUGAGAGGGGGAAGGGGCACGAUGCUGUGCUGGGCACUGCCGCCUCACAGCAAGACGGCCCGGGGUUUGAUUCCCACAUGGGGGUGCGGUUGGUACUGAGGUGAAUGGGAAGCUGAUUCAUGCGACAGCUGUCCUGCUGUCGUCACAUCUGGCCUGGUACGUUUUGGAAGUACUGUUAUCCACACACAUUACAAUUGAGAGCGAUUCUAACAGACUGACAGAAACGGAGACCGUCUAUCUUGUAGUCAUCUAGAUUAGUU